AUGUCUGGCAAUCCAAGAUGGGUCAUGUUAUACAUUUUUGAAAUGCCACGAUUUUUCGCUAUUUUUGAGGAAAUUUGGCAAAUUUCAUCCGGGGUUGCUAACACCGUUGUUGAGGUCAACACCUUUGUCGAUGGCAACACCGUUGUCGGGGGCAACAUCGUUGUCGGGGGUAACCUCGUUGUCGAGGUCAACACCGUUGUCGAGGGCAACACCGUUGUCGAGGGCAACACCGUUGUCGGGGGCAACAUCGUUGUCGAGGGCAACACCGUUGUCGGGGGCAACACCGUUGUCUUGGGCAACAUGGUUGCCGUGGGCUAUCAAAAUUUGUUUGUUGGUAUUAGGUUGUGGAAUAUUGAAGCAUAUCCUCUGAAAACAUUAGAUAUCUUACGUAUCUUAGUUAGAAAAGAUGACGACUCCAUUCAGAUUGAUUACGCAAUAUUCAAAAAGACCCUGAUUAUUUCAUUCGUAGCAUUCUUGAUCAUCAUGACUGAAUUACGUAAGAGUAAACAAGAAUAUUCUAGAAUAUUACGUCAUGUCAUUAAUUAAGCCUGAAUAAUAUGUCGUAAGUAUCUUGAACAUUUUGGAUUAAAUAUGCUCUCUUUUGACAUCAUAUUAACAAGAUCAAAGAUCUUGGGCAGACAUCAUUAACCAAUGAGUCCAUGUCAACCAUAGCCAAUCUUCUCUUUCCCUUCACUUACAUUAUAACGGUUCCUUUGUAUUCUUUUCUUCCUGUCAUACCAUAGUUCUACUAUUUACAUGACGUCAACAACUUGAAAUAAAAAAACCCCAACUUAUUACUAACCUUUUAUCCAAAACACCAGAUGAGUUUAUGCCAAGAAGAGUACGGAGGAAGAGGAGAAAGAACCAGAAAGACCAAGAAACCAAGAGACCAAGAAGGGAGGAGAGAAAAGUUUAUAAAAAGAAUUAA